AUGGAGGUACAUGACAACACAGUGCGCCUGUGGGAAAAGGCCAAGAAGUCCAGAGAUGAGAUCGUGGGUGAAAAGGCCUUGAAGACCAACGCACAGCCGGCUCUCAACAUCCUGCGGCUCUUCGUCGACCGCUUCGUGGCCAGCGAGAUCAAGACGCUGCGCCAUGAUGACACUCGAGGGGCCGAGGCCAAGUUGAGGAAGUUUCUCAAGCAGGGCGCCGAGAUCUUGUGCGUCGCGGCAUUGGCUGACGUCCAGGCCACGCUCUCCACAUUGGCCAUGCACUUCAACUACCGCCUCAUCGCACGGAGUGGCUCCCCAGAGAUCAAGAACCGCUGUGCGGCGCUCCUGGAGGCCGUCGGUGAGGUGCCGCGGAACGUGGAGAGCUUCCUGCAACAGAUGGAGGCCGAUUUGGCAGAUCAGAAGGAGCGCGACCUGCGCCGCAAGGAGGAGCGCGCCGCCGCCCAGCGGCGCCGCGAGGCGCGCGGCGACUUCGGCGGCGAUGCCGGGGAGACAACGGGAGCAGCGGCGCCGAAGGCGGAAGCGAAGGCAAAGGCCAAGGCAGGGCCCAAGCCGGAGCCGAAAGCAGAGAAAGAGAGUGCCAAGGACUGGGAUGCGGCACGCAGGCCGGGUACCCGGACCCCUUCGCGGACUUUGACUUCGACACCAAGCCGAAGGAGCCGAAGGCUGCUGCCAAAGCUACGUCCAAGGCUGCAGAGACUUCGGCCUUGGCCAAGAAGGAAGAGGAGAAGUCCACCAUCCAAGCAGCAGUGA